CCCAAGGGGUGAACUACGAUACAGGUUGGGAAAGACAACCACAUUCCAUUUUUAAGUUUUUGGUUGCUCUAAGGAUACCUUUUUUUUUCUCACAAAGUACAAAUACAGAGCCAGGAUUCCAAUCGUUACAAAGCUGUUCUUGGAAUUUGACAGUGAGAUGGAGUUGUCGGAUAUUUCGUUCCCUGUCACCUCUGCUGAUGACUUUUAUGACGACCCGUGCUUCAACACCAGCGACAUGCAUUUCUUCGAGGACCUGGACCCCCGGUUAGUCCACGUGGGUCUCCUCAAGCCAGACGACCACCAUCACAACGAAGACGAGCACAUCAGGGCACCGAGCGGGCACCACCAAGCCGGCAGGUGCCUCCUCUGGGCAUGCAAAGCCUGCAAGAGGAAAACCACCAACUCUGACCGGAGGAAGGCUGCUACCAUGCGGGAGAGGAGGAGACUGGGCAAGGUAAACGACGCCUUCGAGAACCUGAAGAGAUGCACGUCGAACAACCCCAAUCAGAGGCUUCCCAAGGUGGAGAUCCUGAGAAAUGCAAUCAGCUACAUCGAGUCUCUGCAAUCUCUGCUCAGGGGCCAGGACGGCGAGAACUACUACCCGGUGUUGGAGCACUAUAGCGGGGACUCUGACGCAUCCAGUCCACAGUCCAACUGCUCUGAUGGAAUGGUGAGUUGGUGCAUCUUGACAUCAGUGUCUAUGGGCAUGUCGUUUUUUUCUUAAAUAAAACAUAUUUGCAGGUCUAUAUAAAUACAGAUAGUAGGCCUAUUCGAUUUUAUUUUCUUAUAUUAUUUUGGAUAUAGGUCUAUAGUUUGAGAUAUUAAUGUUAUUGCAUAUCAUUCCAAAACCUGUCAGAACACACAAUGUGUUAUUUUAUUGAUCGAAUUCUUAGAUUGCAUUUAUUAAUGUUUUAUGCAGAUGGACUAUAAUGCCCCAACAUGCACGUCCGCAAGACGAAGCAACUAUGACAGCUCUUACUUCGCCGAGACUCCAAAUGGUAAGUUAUUAUUUUAAAGUGUUAUAUUAUUGUGACCUGUUAGGCCUAGACCUUUAUUAUACGGUUUUAAAAGUACGUUUUAUUCAGCAGCUCUCUUCAGUAGCCUAAUGCACAAGAUUCAAGACAGACAUUAUUUGACACACAUGUAGACAAUGUUACUAGUUUAUAUUGUCUCUGACUGAUGUUUCCUUCACCUCUGUUACAGCUGAUGCCAGAAGCAACAAGAACGCAGCAGUCAUCUCCAGCCUGGAUUGUCUAUCCAACAUCGUGGAGAGAAUCUCUACAGACACGUCCGCGUGCACUGUGUUAUCAGGCCAGGAGGGUUCGGAGGGUAGCCCCUGCUCUCCACAAGAGGGAUCUAUCCUGAGCGAAACCGGGGCACCGACCAACUGCCGACAGCCGUCCCAUGACCCCAUCUAUCUAGUGCUAUGAAAAGACAGUUAUAGUAUGGCUACAUUCAUGAAAACGAAUCGAUUCCUGUAAAUGAAGAAAACACCAAACGGAAAGGGUUGCAGAAUGUUGCUGUAGUAGAAGAAUAGGAUGGCAAAGCUCCCAUUCCUUCCUUUAAUAGAAAGGUUUCAAUUCCUUGAAGUUCAAUCAUUGGCUUCCCAUGGGUCACGUUUAAUGAGAUAUAAUUUCCGACUUAUUUAUGUGUGUUUGUGUGUCAUCGUCAUCUUUUGUUCUUUCCUUGCCAUUUUUAUUGUUUAUGACAAUAGAGGACCACUUUUGUACAUGUGUAAAUAAGAGGUGAUUUGUUUUUUUUUAAAUAAACGAAAAAAAAGUUUUUAUGUAUUUAAUGUAGCCUGGGGCGCUUGGUUUGUUUGUUGGGAGAAAUGAUUAACUUUAUAUUUAUACAUCUUAAAAUGAGUGAAAGGCUUUCGACGUUAUUAUAAAUAAAUGACUAUGAC